AUGAAGAGAUCAUCAUUGAAAAACCAACUGCAUUUCAAUAGCAACCAUGUUAGCAGGGAGGAGGCUGUCGUUGUUGAGUGUGAUGCCAGCGAAUCAAGAAAGCAGAUGAUUGUGCCUAUGAAUGAUGAGUCAAAAUCUGUAAAGUGCGGCGAAAAAACUAAAAAUGAAUAUCAAGAAAAAUUAGCAGAAGAAUUAAAAUUAUGGGAAGAAUUGCUUCAAAAUUAUAAGACUAGAUCUGAAGCUGCACAGAGAGAUGUCAGAUCAAGAAUAGAAGUCAGUACAAAAGAAGUCAGUGAAGUGAACUCUAAACAACUAAUUGUUAGACAGAGUUUUGCACCAAUUGAUUUUGCAUUAGGAAUGAAGCCUGUUUGUCGAAAGAAGAUCCAAUUGGAGGCUUCGCGAAAUAAGAAACUUGUAGCAGAACUGAUGCACUAUAAGAAAAUUUUAUGUCGACUGCGAGAAAUUGCUAAAUUUCAGAAGCACUUCUUUGUCACUGCAGUGAAAGCAGAACUGCAGUUACGGAAUGAAAAACUUCGUGAGACUAUGAUAUGUUUAAAAAAGGCAGUGAAGAAGUAUGCCCUUCUAAAGCGCCGUUAA